CAGGGUGCAGUAGAACAUAUUGUUUGGCUAAAUUGUACUCUAAAAAUGAUAAAACUUUCGCUAAACGGAGUACUUUUAAGCGCAGCCACCAAAAACACACAUCCUUUUUGUGCCGCAAGAUGGUUUUGCUCUAGUGGUGCUUCUUCGCAUACCUCAUUUUUAUCUUACGAUAAAGAUCCGGCUCCCGCAUUUAUUCGGAAAGAUGUGCAAAAACUUCUUCGCUCGAUGACUCGUCUGGAGUUGGACAAAAUUUUCCGCAAACGUGCGGUUAGGGACAACUCGAUCGAGUAUCGGUUCAUGACGGACGAACAACUGCGGCAGGAGGUGAAGAAAUCGAUUGGCCGUGCUGAGAAGUUGCUCCAGAUGCCACCCAUCGUCGCCGUAAUGAAGGACAAUCCGAAAGUGAUAUCGCGUGACCCGGCUUUGACGGGGUUUUCAGACACAAAAAUGGUAUUCACUGAUAUUACCUUCGGGGUGCCCAAUGAUAAGCGAACAAUAGUCGAACGUCUCACGGACGGGACGCUGCAAGAGGUUUCGUACGAGACUAAAAAGCGUCUGAAUCAAAUUUAUUUCCCGUUGGAAGGGCGCAAAAUCCGAACACCGCAAAUGUUCGAGGGUACACAAUUGAAAAAGAUUUUGGAUUCUGGCGAAUACGAGUUCGUACUGAACAGGGCGUGUGUACAGUAUGAACCCUUUGAAAAGGAAUAUCACGAUGUAACGGGUACCGUGUAUCAACAUGUGAACGACAACAAGUCAUUCGAUGUGCUGCGAUCUACGCGGCAUUUUGGACCGAUGUGCUUUUUCCUAGCGUGGCAUCGCUUGGUGGACGAUUUGCUGUUGGAUAUGAUCAAACGGGAUUACCUGAGGAAUGCCACUGAGCUGGUUUUCCUCUACUGCACACUUCACGGCGUUUCAGUCAAUACGGAGGGCUCGGAACAAUUGCAGCAGUACAUUCUCAAUACGGAAGCACCGAUAAUUGAGUCUGCAGAGCGAACGGCUCAAGAGUUUGAGCAGAACGAGAAGUUUUUAUCAUUUGUAGAGCAGUUUGUACUGGAACAUUGCAUUAAGAAAGUUCAACUCAAUUUGGCGAUUGCUGCCUACCGAGAGAUGGCCAACGAGCGGCUGAAGCUUGCUGAAGGGAUUCGGAAAAUGCAUGGUGAAAGAUAAAGUUUGAAAUGUUUGCAACUUUAGGCUUUAAUAAAACAAACUAGUAGA